AUCGAUUGUACUUGCACCACCUUCGUGACGUAUAGGAUAUUCUCAGAGCAUAUUGGCAUAAGAUCAUACCCACGAUGCUCAACGCACAACGCCCACGUCGACCGUCACUGUCGACCUCGCAGCCAGCCGAAACGACUUCCACCACCGCUUCAUUCCGGUACUCGACUUCGCGUCCCCGUUUCUCGACAAACCCAUCGAGACGGACUUCGGGGAGCCAAGAACCGGUUCCAGCCUCCUCAGCAAAAGACGGAGCUCGGAACAUGAGCAUAGACGAACCUCAACCGGGGUGGACGGAGGGUCAAUAUCCGGGGCCUCCUUUACCAGCUCGACCCCCAGGCACAAACUUGACCGCACUCCCACCGACUCCAGCAGAUACUUCGAUCUCGGGUCAUGAAUCAGCCAAGACGAACGAUGGGACGAGCAAGAGUAGUAGUAAUACAGGAAGAGCUGCUGCUUUGAGCCAUGCUACCACCUCGACAGAUCGAGCGGCGCCCAUGGAAUUAGAAGACUCGGCACGGACGAGCUCGUCGCGCACGAAUCGCCGGCCACUCCCACCUCGACCUCAUCCUCCUGCUCUGGAUCAAAUCCCAGCAUGGGAACCCGACGUCAAAGCCCACAUCCCCCCGAACGUAACGCUCGACUCCCGUCAAGCCGCCUACGCCCAACAAGGCAACCCUCCUCCUUUACUCCGGACGGCGAUCGAUGCUCGACAAGAUCCGAAAAGAGACCGGGCGGGAAUGCUGAGAAGACCCGCUGUGAACGGGAUAGUCGUCCUACAAGAAGGACCCAAGGGCGGAGGCGGAGGAAGUCUGCGGGGGUCUAAGGAUCGAAAAGGAAAGGGCAAGGUCGACAUUCUCGGUCUCGGGGACGCGAGCAGGGGAGGGAUCGCCGGGGAAUAUGUGUUAGAUCCUUCGCUCCCGUUUGCUCUUCCCGAAGACGCUGUGGACCUCUCCCAAAGUCGAAGCGAUCUUCAAGGAGGUACCAAGCGAAAACGAGGAUCGAUCGAUGGGGAAAGACCGUCGGCCAUCUUCAAGACGGAGGGCGGGGAUGUGGACUUGAGGUUGAGCGUGGUCAACGAGGAGACGAUGAGGGGGGAUGAUAUGGGGAGCAGUGCAGAAGACUCUGGAAAGCGGGUGAAGAAAGCGAGAGUCGAGGUGAAUUCCGUUAGGGGCCAUAUCCGGGUGGAUCUGGUCAAGAUUGACAAAGGCAGGACCGCCUCUGUUGAGAUAUCCAGCAGGGCUGGGAACCUAUUCAUUCAAAUUCCUGAGAACUUUCGAGGUCCGAUACACUGUUCGACCUCGGCUGCCCAACCGACCAUCUUGCUUCCGUCGAUGCGACAACGGGCAAAGAUCUUGUCGACACACAGAGGGGAAACCACUUGCUACCUCGGUACCCCGCCGGCCAAGACGAGAAACAUACCGCCCUUGCUUCCACCACGGCGAUUCUCCAAUCGAUUACGCGAAAGGCCCAGUGGAUCGUCCUUGACGCAACUGCCCGAGAGCCCGCAGAACAACCAGAACCAAAACCAGAUGUACGACUCCCCGCCACCGAUGGACGUCGAUGGUUUCAGGAUGCCAUCACCGUCCCAGAUGGCUCAUUCUGCCAGUUCGACUUUCAUACCCACGUCAGGCCCAGGGGGAAACGUCCCCAAUCCGCCUCAGCGUAGCGCUGGGUCAUUCAAUGCGCCCCUAGUGAACGGGGACGAAACUCCUGAAUCGUCACUAUACCUCUCCUCCUAUAUGGGAGCGAUCACCCUCGGCAUAUACGGACUCGAACCGGAGCAUACAUUCAAGGGGGCGACCACUCUGAGCGGGUUGGUACAAAAUCUAGGAGAUAUCAAGGGAGAGAUGAAGAGAAAGGUCAGAGAAAAGGUUGGGCAAAAGGUCGGACUCUAAGGCAGGGUCGGAUGGCCGGGUUAUUCGAGUAAUAGAUAUACACAUAUAUAAUCGAAAGCAGCAUCACUUCAAUUCGACCUUGACGACACGCAGUAUACACGAAUUGUCGCUCUUUGUCUUGAUGAUGAGACAUUCAUGACAUGAUCACGAAGAGACGACCAGGACUGCCGUAUACUGUUUGUAAGGAAUCAUUGUGGCUUGUCUUGUAGGACGGGAUGAGUACGACGUCAAGAGGGAGAACGAGCACGCGGCGGUGGGGGU